AUGUGGCAGAGUGAUGGUCACUGCAAUCUCUGGCAGGACACGCGCUUGCGUCGGAUGCAUUCCGCAUUUGGCUCCAACCCGACCAAGCAGCUUCACCCCACAUACUCGUCCACCAUGGUCAUCGCCAACAACGCCACCCUCGAGGAGCAGGACCCGGAGAUUUUCAACCUCAUUGAGGCCGAGAAGAACCGUCAGUGGAAGUGCCUGGAGCUCAUCGCUUCGGAGAACUUCACUUCUCGUGCCGUCAUGGACUGCCUGGGCUCGUGCCUCACCAACAAGUACGCAGAGGGUCUGCCGAACGCGCGUUACUACGGCGGUAAUGAGGUCAUCGACAAGAUCGAGAUCCUGUGCCAGCAGCGCGCUUUGACUGCCUACGGUCUGGACGCCGAGAAGUGGGGCGUCAACGUGCAGCCGUACUCUGGCUCGCCCGCCAACUUCGCCGUGUACACGGCUCUGCUGCGCCCGCACGACCGCAUCAUGGGUCUGGACCUUCCCAGUGGAGGCCACUUGACUCACGGUUUCUACACGUACUCUAAGGCUGAGAAGACGCGUAAGGCCGUGUCGGCUACGUCGGUGUACUUCGAGUCGCUGCCCUACCGAGUGAGCGCUGAUACCGGUCUGAUCGACUUCGAGAAGCUCGCUGAGCAGGCUGCCCUCUUCAAGCCCGCUAUGAUUGUGUGCGGUGGCAGCGCUUACCCUCGUGACUGGGACUAUGCCGCCUUCCGCAAGAUUGCCGACGACAACGGCGCUUUGCUUAUGUGCGACAUGGCUCACUACAGCGGUCUGGUCGCCACUCAGGAGCACGCUAGCCCCUUCGACUACUGCGACAUCGUGACCACGACGACGCACAAGUCGCUGCGUGGCCCCCGUGCUGGUAUGAUCUUUUUCCGUCGUGACGAGCGCGGCUUCGAGCCUCGAAUCAACAACGCUGUGUUCCCCGCCCUUCAGGGUGGCCCGCACGAGCACCAGAUUGCCGGCAUUGCCGCUCAGCUUAAGGAGGUACAGACGCCCGAGUUCAAGACCUACGUGCAGCAGCUCAAGGCUAACGCUAAGGUCCUAUCCAAGACCCUGACCGACCUGGGUUACUCGAUGUGCACAGGCGGCACUGACAACCACCUGAUUCUGUGGGACCUGCGUCCUCAGAGCGUCACGGGCUCCAAGCUCGAGAAGCUGUGCGACAUGGUCUGCAUCACGCUGAACAAGAAUGCCGUGCUGGGUGACCGCAGCGCCCUGACCCCGGGUGGUGUGCGUGUCGGCACGCCUGCUCUGACGAGCCGUGGCUUCAAGGAGGCCGAAUUCGUCAAGGUCGCCGAGUUCCUCGACCGCGCUGUCAAGCUGUGCGUAGAGAUUCAGAGCACGAGCGGCAAGAAGCUAGUUGACUUCGUCAAGGGCGUUGAGGCCCACGAGGGCGUCAAGCAGCUCCGUCGUGAUGUCAACGCUCUUGCCACGUCUUUCGAGAUGCCUGGCUUCAAGAUUUCUGAGAUGCGCAACAAGACUAUCGAGGAAUAAGCGCUCAUCAGCUUUUGCCGCAUGAGUUAGAUUGACUUUCCACUGGAGGCUUCCUAUAGAUUGUGUGCAGUGCACUUGGGGAGCUGCUUUCCUUUGAGAGCACCUUCCACCACUGACAUAGUAAAUGCAUGUCAUGUGAUCCAAAUCUAAACAACACACACACAGCACCCCACUCAAUAUAUUCCGCCGCAGUCGAUGGCCUCAUUCAAUUUCUACUCUGUCUCCAUUGUACUGCAUGUAAUGGUUCUGCGGGUAGACGAGUAGGACGUUCGUAGCCCCAUGACUUCUUCGCGAAGAACCAGUGCGGCGUCGCUCUUGGAUCCCUCGGCAACACACUGCGCACAGAAGAUGAGCUUCUUGUCGUUCACCUUGCUCCGGUUAUGGGAAGACACCACACAUACUUGUUUCUUGACGCAGCAGCGCUUACAGACCCACUCGGCGCAGCAGGCACAGGCUCUCGGUGCGGUCCGCAAGAACCCGCCAAACCCGCGCCUGCAGACUUGACAGCGCGUUGCGGAUUGGAUACGAGGACGCGUAUUUUGACCAAUCAUUGCGAUCCCACCAGAUGAUGUGGAGCUGGAACUUUGACUGCUGCUGGCAAACGAAUCGCGCCCUGUCCGCAUCCGCAUCCACCACACGAGCUUCU